AUGAGCCGCUUCGAAGUGGCCGCGGACAGGCUCCGUCAGUCCUUGUCCGAUCUCAUACCCUCGUUACUUGCUAGCUUAUCAAGCUUGCGACAGGCAAGUCCACAGCAUGCGCACCAACAACUCCUUCCAUUCACCCUCGUCCACGAUGCUUUGGAACCACUGGUUGACACACAAACUAAUCGAGAGGAUUUCGGUCUAUCUGCGAACCUUUCGCUCCUCGAUAAGGACGGCGCAGAGGUGCGGCUUCGGAACCUGUGUUUGGAGAUUAGCAACAAUGAACUUCGCAAAUUUGUCUUGGAAGACGCAUCGGGCUUGGUUGCUAGUCAAGGGCAAGACCUAGACGAACACACCUUACGAACACAACUUGCAUCAACUCUCGACCGCCUCGAUGCCAUUCUCGUCCUCUCACUCCACGAUCUAAUUGAUGCAACACUACCACUUUCCUUGAUCGAAGAGCUCAUCGAAGGCCAGCCCAUCUCGACUUGCUCGCGGCUCUUUGCGUACACAGAAUCCCGCGUCCAGCCCCUCACUAUCGACCUUCAUCCUACCAAAGGCAAGGGUCUCGUGCUGCUGCGAACAUGCAACGAGCUGCUCAGAAGGCUUUCCAAACCCUCGCAACAGCACACUGUGUUCGCAGGCCGCAUCCUCAGCUUGCUGGCCAAGGUGUUUCCGUUGGGAGAAAGGAGCGGUGUCAACCUUCGCGGAGAAUUCAAUGUCGAAAACAAGACGCACAUCGAGGAAAAGACCGAAGAGGCCGAUGCAAACGCCGAGGAAGGCUCUGAUGAGAGAGACGAGGUGUUCAAGGUCACCUACGAGUUUUACGAGCUGUUUUGGAAGGUGCAGCGCUUCUUCUCGAAUCCACCGCUGCUCAUGGGCGCUCAGGAUUCCUCGCGACCAACCACGAGAAAUGCUACGCCUGCAGAUGGCUGGGAUGCAGAUCAUGUCGUCUCGGACGAGGAUCCCGCACCCGACGGUGCCAAGGGCGCCAUGGCAGAGCUGCGAAUCAGCACAGCCAAGAUCCUCAAGCUCUUUGGCGCUGUCACCAAGCGUGAAAAGGAGCUGGCGGGUGCAGCCAAAGCGGAAGAGGCUAAAAACAGCAAAGGCAGCGCUUCGGGCGGGAGUGCGACGCCGCCGUCCAACAAGAGGCUCAACGACAAUGGUACAGCCAACACGGGCUACAUCGCUGGCAACUGGAUAGGCCAGAAGAGAGACGAACCGGCAAGAAAGCGUGCUCGACCCGAUAUUGUCGACGGCGUUCCGACUUACAGCGCCGAUGCUGACGAAGAGAUGAUCGAACAGGUCAGCUCGACGGAACAUGACGAGGCGAGUGCAGCCGAACGCGGCCACUUCUUUCCCACGUACCUCACGGGCCGGAAACUCUUCGAAUACGAGAUUCGCGACACGUCUUUUCGCAAGCACAUCCUGGUGCAGUACCUUGUAUUGUUCCAGUACCUUCUCUCGUUCACACCACUCGCCAAGGAAAGCUGGAAGGACUGGAAGAACAAGACGCUGCAAGCGCUCUUCACGCUCGAAGAUGCCGACGAGCGGUGGAUCCGAUCUACCUGGCGCGAAAUCCAAGGGCUUAUCCGCGAGAUUCAACCAGAUGGACGACUCUUUCUCGAAUCCGUCCUUGAGGUGCUCAAGCGAGAAGCCAACUGGAUUCGAUGGAAGACAGAGUCGUGCCCAUCGAUCGAGAAGCCACCUCUUUCGCCCGAGCAGAUUGCGCAGUUUGCGUCCGCAAGAGCACUGCUGCUGCGCAAACCUGAGCCGUAUCCGCACAAGCUCGGCACAGCUGCACUCUCCGAGCUUUGGCAAGACGGUCUGCAACCACCCGUGCCGGGCACGCGAAGGGUGGAGAACGAGAUGGGCGAGUACGUCACCAUCGCAACGGACGGACUAGAAGAGCUCGAAUUUCUGCCGCCGAUCCCGAGCCUGGAGCACUAUAACAAGUCGAUGCAGCGCGAAAAGAUGAAGCUCGAUUUGCGCAAGAAGCAGCUUGGUAUCGAUGCGGCGGUAAGCGAGGCACAGCUGAGCAAGGAGGAGCGCGAGAAGUUGGACAAGGACGAGCGCGUGCAGGCGACGAUCGAGAGCAUCCAGAGUCUGGCGUGGCGAGCGCUGCGUGUGGCCAACCGGGACAAUCUCCACUUGUUUGGCAAGCCGGAACGACCGGAGGAUAUUGAGGGACUGCUGCAGGCGAUGGAAGAGGAACGCAAUCCGAAGCCGAAAGUAGUGGCCCCGGCUGCGCAGCAACCUGCCGCCGAUGCUGCCGCUGCGGUGAAGAGCGGUGAAGAGGCUGGCAAGGCGACAGAUGGCGGUGCAGAGGCGGCCAGCGAGCAAAUUGUUACGAGCAAUGCGGAAGAAGGGAAUAAGGAGGUUGCUACCGAGUCUGUGCAGGAGCAAGAUUCGGAGAUGGCAAGCGAGUCGGCUCCAUCGGUCGGUAAAGUCGAGGAUCAGCCUUCUAGAGUUGCAGUGGUCGAUGCCGAGCAAGCUACUCCGAAGACUUUGCAGACAGUAGAAGAGACAACGAUAGAAGAGACAACGACCUCGACAUCCGUUGGCCUGGCUUCAGAAGAUGACACAGCAACAAAAGAGACGGAGGAGGGUGCUCCAGAAAAGCACGUGGACACGCCUGCUGAUCAGGAACAGGACGUAGACAUGUCUGAAGCUGCUUGA